CCCACACAACGUGCGUGGUUUCUGCGUGGCGUUUUUCUCUUUGCUUGUCUUUCCCUUCAGGGCCGGCCCCUCCCCUGGGCGCUUGGGCCUCCCCUGUACUGCUCGCACUGUCCUGCUACAGUGGUCUGCUUCCUCCCACCUGCGCCUGAAGGGGACCGGACGGGCUGGGUUUGCGCUGAAACUGCUGGGCUCCCCUUUGGCCUCGCAUUUGCUUUUUGAACCUCGCACCCCCGGUCGCCUUGCUUAGUUUCUCAAACUCUCGCCGUUUCGCAAAAUCAUUAGCCCCGGCUGAUUAUCCAUCGAAACUGCGUUGUUUUGCUGCUGAUCACCACUGCGUUUUCGCCUGUUGCGCAGCCCCCAGCGCCCUUUAGCUCCCCGUGGAUCGUCCCAAAAUCAAAACGUUCUUCUAGCAACAUACUUGCUCUCUUGUGCUGGAACGGUUCGUUUUCGGUUUGUUCGGGUGACCAUCUAGAAUUCCAACUAUUAUACAUUCAUUCAUUUCCUUGUUUUCGAUUUCUUUCUUCUUCAAGAGCUAGGCCUCUUGCUUUUGUUUCUUUGCCCCUUUGGAACCGCCAACGACCAACGAGCCUUUGUCGACGGACCACAACAACAAUAAAACCCCGUUCACUACUACCGAACCCGAGACGAAAAAGCACCUUUCGACAACAUGGCUGGUGUAAGAAUGAGAUUCGAAAGAGACGCUGUUGCGCAACUCUUUGUGAGAGACGAGCAGUGCCCUCCGCUUGUCUGCCCGCCGUGCAAGAGCGGCGAGUCGUGUACAUUCAUCGCCAAGUCUGCCACACAAUGCUCCAAGGCCAUCUGCGUUGCCGACGACGCGAGCAGCGGUGGCAGUAAAGGCCCCGGCGCUGGCGCCAUUGCCGGCGGUGUCAUUGGCGGCAUCGUUGCCGUCGCCAUCCUAACAUACCUUGUCUGGAAGUUCCUCAUCAAGCCCAAGCGCUCCUCCGACACGGCGACCACGCUGCACUCGUCCGUCUUUGAAGCCGACAACAGCACCAUUGGCCGCGAAGAAAAGGCCGAGAGUGUGCCUCUGCAGCGCCGCAACUCCACGACCACUGUGCACUCCAUUGCGUCCACCGUCCUCACACGCGCCUCCAACAUCAUCCAGAUUGCCUACAUCCCCGGCGUCACCGGCAGACCCAACACCGGCAGUAACAACAGCCACCCGUCCGACGUGCUCGUGCCCCCCGUGCCUCCCAUGCCAGGCAGCAACCACGGCGAAUACCCCUACUACGCCGGCGCCAGCGAGGCCCGCAACUCGACAUACUCUGGUUUCUCAGGAUACUCGGAAGCCCCCUCGCACAGCGUUGCCGGCAACCGCUCGAGCAUUGCAUCCACCAUCUACGGCCGCCAGGCUCAGGUCCAGAACCCAGCGCAGGCCGGCGUGCGCGCCAAGCCCACCGUCGUGAGCGUCAAGGGCAGCGGCAACACGCCGCCCAUGAACCAGGACGCCGAGCGCUUCGCCGACCGCCCCGAGAGCACGUUCAGCUCCGUCAGCCUGACCUCGACAAUGCUCAACAGCGCCAACACGGCCAUGCCGGGCCGCGCCCAGGUCGUCAAGGUCGGCAUCAAGAAGACGAGCCCCAGCCAGCGCUCCGAUGCCACCUCGUCCACUACUUCCAUUGCCAUCUCGUCGGUCGAGAGCGAAAAGGAGGUCGUCACCCCCGAGAUCCUCCAGACCAUGACCCUGCCCUCCAUUGCCUACUCGCCUCCCACAGACCCUAGCCCCUUUGCCGACCCGCCAUCCAAUGUCGCCCAGCGCCCCUCGCUGGCCGAUAUCAAGGAGGAGAGCUCGAGCAGCCUACCAAAAAAUGCUAGAAGCCCUUUUAGCGACGAGCACGCCACUAAGUAGGGCUUUCUAGUUGUUUUGUUGUUUUGGUGUCUCUACCAUACAGGAGUAGAAGCGUUGAAGGCGUGUGCAUUUCCUGGGUUGUCUCAUUUUGGGGUUUGAUUUUUUUUCGGCACAAAGGAAGCGAGUACGUACAUGUUGGAUCUACGAAGUUUACGGAGUCUUUUUUUUGUUAUUUCAUUGCGGAGUACAACUGUUGGGGAAUCUAUUUUUCUUAUCUUCAUUAGACGACUGCCAUUGUCGUCCAGGGCUUCGCUCCCAUCAUCCCUUUUUUUUUUAUUAUAUAUAUCUUGCCCUCCUUUUUCACUGGACUUGCGCAGACGCAACCAUUUCUUUACCUGUUACAUAAAAAAUAUACACACUUUUUUUUUGUUAUCAUCACACUGCGCCUGGUAUACCGUGGUCUUAUAAGACACCAACCCAUGCUAUAAGAGUAAGCACGAAGCCAGCCGGCAUCGUGAAUCGCCACGCCGCAGAAUCAAGUGCCGUGGCCUAGCUGCAUGUGACCACUAUAUCGACAAAAGCAAGCUAUUCCCGCGCGCGACAGAACAGACCAUGGCGCCGCCACCAGGUGAGGUUCUGUCAAAGUUGACUCGUCAACACCCGUGACGCCGGCGGAGGUGCAAAGCUCCAGCUGCGGCGUCAAGCUUUCUUCUUCGAGACAACAGCAAAACAAGAUUAGAGGAGAAAGAAAACAUAAAAUGGUCUUUUAAUAUGAGUUAAAGUUGCCUCCUAAGCCCCCCCUUUGUAGACUUUCCCGUGGAGACUCCCACGAAACCUAGUCUAUCAUCCCAAAUCAUCUCUGCGUCGUUUUGUUCUUGUAUAUAAAAAAAGGGUUUUCUUUUCAGUUUUCAAAAAAGGUAAAAUAAAGAAGAGGCGAAGACAAGGAUUUCCACACAAAAAAUAGAUUUAGGCCGCCCUGAGAUAGAAAAAACAAGAAUCGCAAGCAGGUGUCCAAAAAACGCGGGGAGGGAGAAACGGAUGCGCGAGCUGCUGCUGGAUGUUGCGAGCGUUCGCGCUGCUCUAUAAAUUGCAAAGGAGGAAGAGGAGGAUAUGGUGGUAGUGGUGGUGGUGAUGGUGACUUGUUUGUGGUUAUAUGCCCAUGGGGGAGAAGCUGUUCUGACAAUAUCAACGAGAGGCAUUCGGUCUUUUUUGAUACGCAGACAGUCCGGCUCUCUCCCAGUAGACGCUGCUCCACGGUUGUAUUUAUUUCGGUUUUUAGUAGGAAGAGAGGGGGGGAAAAUGAGGAAGAAAAAAACGAUUCGUUCGUAGCCAUUGCGUUAAAUAGUCGUAAAACCUAACACCCGUGAAGUAGAAGAAGAAAAGAGGAGCGAAGAAAGCAGACGAGCUUUUUCUUUGGAUUCCAUUCUUUUGAUGCGCCAUUCGCCGAUUCGAGUAAUUGGGGGGGGGUUGUGCUGUCCGGUGUAAAAGCCAUUACCAUGCGCCGCUGAGGGCUGAUAAUGUCCGUGCGGCACAUGCGAUUAUCACAAUACCGGGUUGGGUAGUGAGAUAAAAAUGAGGAGGAGUAAGAACGGUGUCGGGGUUGGGUAGUGUUUUGGGUUUAUAAAAUAGUGCAUCUUGAGCGACGCUCGCCAUCCUUGCCACGUCUGGGCUUGCCAAACUGGCUAUCACGGCCCAAAUCGCCAUUGCCGGUGCGAGUGCGGCCGCCAGCAGCGCCAGAGCGGCGAGUUGUCUGUUGACGUUGGCGGCGGAGGAUGCGGACCACGUCGUAAAAGGCCUUUUCCACAUGGACACGGUUCUUUGCUGACGUCUCGACAAACUCACAGCCGAGCUCACGGGCGAGGGCAUGACCUUCUUGCGUCGACACCUCGCGCUCCGUGACCCUGUCACUCUUGUUACCGACGAGCAUGAUGGGGGCUGGCAGCUGCGGGUUGGCUGUGGAGAUGGGCGAUCCUGGGUACGAGGGCGACGAGGCGCACGACUCCUUGACUCGCUGGAUCUGGUGGUGGAAGCGCUUGAUUCGCGAAAAGGAGGACCGGGAGGUGAUGCUAUACACGAGGACGAAGCCUUCGCCGUCGCGGAUCCAUUGGUCGCGGAGGGCUGUAUAUUCUUCUUGGCCGGCGGUAUCAAGAACCUCGAGCAUGCAAGGAUGGUCAUCGAUGACCACUUGCUUUCGGUAUUGGUCUUCAAUGGUCGGGUCGUACUGCAGAGAGAGCGUUUGCGAUUAGCCAUCGGCUUCAAUGUGCGGAGCAAGUCGUACAAGAACAACAACGACAAUAACAGUGAGUGCGCAGCAGCUCGGAGCGGCUUGACGGAAGCUAUUCCCCGCGUGCGUUGGUCGCCUGCCACAAAACGACAAGAGCACAAUCAGAGAUGCAUCAUCUCCAACGUGCAGCGGUAAA